AUGCUUAUAUCAGUUGGGGGAUAUAUAGUCAAUCUAGCCGUUUAUCAGGCAGUAUUUAGACUCAUUAUAAAUGAAAUAUUCGAUCCAAUUCUACUUUGGCAACUUGCUUUCGUUGCGGGGGUUUUGUUAAACAUUGGUGGGGCUUCCAAUGCUAUCGUGCUUUAUUUUACGAGUACUGAGUAUCGCAAAGCAUUUGAAAAGAAUUUGACAAAUUUGGCAAAAUUAUUUGGAGUCAAAGUCUCGAUUAAGGUUACAAAAGUGUCCCCUAUGUUGCCUACAUCCUCGCAAAAGAAAAACUUUAAUAAUAAUUAA